AUGACACAACGAUGGCCGUACGCUUCUCUGGUUGUUAUUAGUUCAGCGAGUAUCCUAUUACUCGCAGUAAUAUUUUCAUUAAGGAAACAACUUUGGACAUUGAACCAAAACAACAAGACGCUCAUCAAGACGGGUCGGUGCAAAGAAAUCCCAAAAUUGGAAGAAACUCCUCUCCGCACGACAAUCCCAAAGAGGAUCUAUCAGACCUAUAUUCCUUCAUCGGAAGAUAUGUUGCCGUCCUCCAUGAAAAAAGCAAUCCAUUCAUUCAAAUCUUUAAAUGCAAAUUACAAACACCAAUAUUUUGGAGAUGAUGCUGCAUUGAACAUUUUAAUUGAACAUUUUGGAAAUGAUUCAGAUGAAGUGUUUGCAUUUCGAAAUUUAAUUCCAGGUGCUUUCAAAAUUGAUUUUUGGAGAUAUGCCAUGUUGUGGUUGUUUGGUGGAUUUUAUGCAGAUGCAGACAUGUUGUUGAUGGAACCUUUUGAGAAAUGGAUUUCUCCAAAUGCAAGUUUUGUGAUUCCUUUGGAAAAGAUUGGAUUUGGUUUUCACAAUGGAUUCAUUGGAAGUGUUCCACAACAUCCAAUUAUGAGAAUUGCAAUGGACAUGGUCAUUUACAAUGUCAAGCACAAGUUUUAUCCUGGUGUUCCAAACACCAAAGUUCAUCCAAGACAUUCUGAUUUAGCAGUGAGUGGGCCUAUUUUGAUAGGAAAGGCCAUUAAUCGCUUUGUACAUGAGCCAGAAGAAGUUCCGCACAAUAUUACCAAAAUUCUAUCCAAAAACGUGCAGAUUAUUGGAUAUUGCUGUCACGAUUUUUUUGAUGAGGAAUCGUUUUUUGCCCUUCCCCUUGAGGACGCAUGUGAAGGAACAAAGUUGGUCCAAGUGAAAUAUCCAGAGUUUAGACAGGAACAUAAAGCGUCAACUGCACAAAUUCCCUAUGGAAGAUUAUUUGUGGAAAGGAAGGUGUUUGUCUAG